GGGGUCUCACCCCGGUCAGGUUUCCUAAGCGGAACCAUCCAGCAGCAGCUCCUCGGAGCGGCGGAGCGUAAUAAGUGUGACACGCAGACAAAAUAUCAACAAUGUGAAAGGAAGGUUCUUGACCCGGUGUCAGAGGGUGAACCAAGAUGACCACCCGUCGUGUUCCACUGGUCCUUUUGGCCUGUGGAUCCUUUAAUCCCAUCACCAACCAGCACAUGAGGCUGUUCGAGCUGGCCAGAGACCACAUGCACAGCACAGGCCAGUACCAGGUGGUGGGUGGCAUCGUGUCUCCAGUGAGUGACGGCUAUGGAAAGCAAGGCCUGGUGCUGGCUAAGCAUCGCAUUGCAAUGGCAAAGCUGGCGCUGCAGAGCUCCAACUGGGUCACAGUUGAUGAAUGGGAGAGCCAGCAGCCAGACUGGACAGAGACAGUGGUCACUAUGAGGUAUCAUUAUGGGCGUAUUCUGAAAGAGUAUGAGCAGAACAAUGGGACACACUAUGACUCCAGUGGAAACAUCGCUCCUCUCUCAAGUCCGUCUCCAAGGCUAAAGCUUCUAUGUGGAGCUGAUUUCCUCGACACCUUUAAAAUCCCAGGCUUGUGGCGGGACGACCACGUGGAAGAGCUGGUCGGGCGUUUCGGUCUCGUCUGCGUCAGUCGAGGGAGGCUGCAGCCUGAGCGGGCCGUCCACGAGUCGGACACGCUGUCCAGCCACAGACAAAACAUUUUCCUGGUGAGGGAAUGGGUGAGGAAUGAGACGAGCGCCACGGAGGUCCGCCGAGCGCUGAGACGAGGCCUGAGCGUGAAAUACCUGAUCCCAGACACUGUGAUAGAAUACAUUCACCGGCACAACCUCUACACAGAGGACAGCGAGAGGAGAAAUGAGGGCACAGUGCUGAGACCGCUCAUCAAACAGGCUCACACACCAAUGAAGAGUCUGGACGACUAUGUAAAUGUUGCCAUCAGGAAAAUUGCCAACUUGCUGAAGCCUGACAAGGACAUCACUCACGAAGGGGACCACAUCAUCAUCAAGACCCUCAGCACCUUCAAAAACUACAACAUGGACUUCUACGUGGGCAAAGAGUUUGAGGAGGAUCUGUCUGGAGUGGAUGACAGGAAAUGCAUGACCACCAUCACCUGGGAGGGCGACAAGCUGGUGUGUGUGCAGAAGGGAGAGAUUGAAGGAAGAGGCUGGACCCACUGGGUGGAGGGAGAUGAGCUUCAUCUGUCUGCCCUCGUGCCCCCUGACCUGCAUAUAAGCAAGGGGACAGCCUGCCCCUUUCCCUCCUGCCACCGUGUAAAGUCUACCACACCAGCUGCCACCAUGCCUGCAGACUUCAAUGGAAAAUGGAUACUGGAAACCAAUGACAAUUUUGAGGAGUACUUGAAAGUGUUGAAUAUUGACUUUGCUACCAGGAAAAUUGCCAUCUCCCUGUCUCAGACCAAAGUGGUGACCCAAGAUGGAGACAAGUUUGAGUUCAAAACACUGAGCACCUUCAGGAAUUAUGAGCUGGCCUUCACUGUAGGGGUGGAGUUUGAUGAGUACACGAAGGGACUAGACAAUAGAAACAUCAAGUGUUUGGUUAUGUGGCAGGGGGACAAGCUGGUGUGCACUCAGAAAGGCGAGAAGUCCAACCGUAGCUGGAAACACUGGAUCGAAGGAGACAAACUCUACCUGGAGCUGACGUGUGAAGAUGUAGUUUGUCUUCAGGUGUUCAAGAGGAAAGAAUAAUAUCCGGUUUCAUUUUUUCAGUUAAUAAAAUCAAGGUUAAUACAACUUUACAUUUUCCAGUUUAUCUAAAGAGAAAUAAUGAAUAAAGGUGCUUUGAGAAUA